UUCUCUAGCGAGCACCAAGAGAUCUUCAGCUUCUUCAACUUGGUGUCAGUUCUGCCGAACGCGAUGGACUCUUGAGCGGCUUUUGUGAUUGUGAAGUGAUUUGUACCGACUCAGGAUGUGGAUUAAGACGAUAGUGUUAGUAGGCUGCGUCCUCGCGACCUUGGGCUCUGAAGAGCAGCGUUCGAAUAACAAGAAGAAGGAAGACCCUCGAGGCAAACGCAAUCUCCAGUACUUGGCUCACCAUUACAACGGUCCUCAUUCCUACCUGGAAAGGCGGAUAUCCACGGGUUCCCAAAUUCCAUCACUGUACCAUUCUCAGUUCUUCCCAGGUCCUAGGUCCUACUCGCCGUAUCACAAAGGUAGACCACAUUCUCUAUAUCCGCCUCCUUAUGCCGUUCAAAUGGAACCUCUCGUCCACUACUCGCAACGAGAUCCUUUGUACGAUACUAACACUUUAUCCCUGAAUGCAGAUGGCCAAGACGACCUCUUAACCGAUAAUAACCACCUUAGCGAGAACGUUUACGGGCCGCAAAAACACGUAGUCGAAAGACCCGUCUACAUUAAAGAGCCCGAACCCAUCAUUGAAAUCAUUAUCAAGGAAUCGAACGUUACUUUACCGCCGCCUCCGGCGCCGCCCACGCCGCCACCAAAGAAAAAAGAACAAGUGCAGGUGUUUUACGUCAAGUACAAGAAAAACCCCAACGGACACGGCAAAGAAAGCGUGAUUUAUGACAAACCGAUCCCUGCCAUCUCCCAGCCGGUGCCAGAAGAACACGAGGAACCCCAACCCUACCACCACCAUCACCAGGAAGUCGUGACUUCACCACCUCCCCCAAGUACCACCCUACGCACGAUUAUCCGCCCAGAUUCCGAAACCUACCACAGUCCCAGUGGUGUUAAAGUAACUUUCGGCAAAGAAUCCUUCGAUUACGAUAAAAGAUCGAGCAAACCUGAAGAUCUGAAAGCUUCACCAGGUGACCACAGAUCAAUCCAGUUCCCCCAAGGACGACAGUUAUCCUCGUUCCCCCCAAGUGUCCCCCGACGCCCUUCUAACCACAACUUCAACCCUUCGACAAACUCACGCCAACCCCAACCCUACCGCCCUUUCAACUUCUUCCGACAACAAACGCAAAAUUUCAGGCCUAACCCGCAACAAUACUCCACUUUGCCCAAAUUUCCCGAAUUUUCACAACCGCCCAAAACCAGUCAACGGUUUCCACCACCAAGACCCGUCCCACCCCAAUUCCAGCGCCAACCAGUGCCCUACCAACCGUUUGAGGCUUUGAGGACACAACCGCCCAUCCAGUUCAGACCACAAACGCACUUCCCGGUUACUCAAUCCCCAAUUACGGAAAAACCACAUUUCAACCAGUUCAGGCAACAGUUCAACCAAGCCAAACCACCGUCGAGUCAAUAUCACACCCUCCCGCAGUUUCAACAAGAAAACAACUUCCCACAGAGGCCUGAACCACAGUUUCAACAACCGCAACAAAGGCCAGAACCACAAUUUCAACAACCGCAACAAAGGCCAGAACCACAAUUUCAACAACCACAACAAAGGCCAGAACAUUUUCAACAACCCCAAUUUCAACAACCUAGCAUUAUCCCACCAGGAGGUGAACUAAUUCAAUCCCUUCCUAAAUUCGAGCAACAUAUUUCUGUUUCUGAACCCAGUCCUUCCCAGUUUCAAUAUCAACCACAAUCCAAGAAACAAGAGCCACAACAGCAGUUCCAAUAUCAACCACAACCAAAGCAACCAGAGCCACAACAGCAAUUCCAAUAUCAAACACAACCAAAACCACAAGAGCCACAACAACAGUUCCAGUAUCAACAAAAAACCAAGCAACCGGAGUUUCAAUAUCAACAACAACCCAAGCAAGAGUUUCAGUAUCAACAGCAACCCAAGCAAGAGUUCAAAUACCAACAGCAACAAUCCUCGGUUCAAGUUGAAAAACCCAAACAACAUCAACACUCCCCUGAUCAACUUCAACAGCAACUACGCGAAGCUAACGCUUUCCAGGAAUCAAUCCGUCACUCCUCUCCCCAGUUUUUCAACUUCCAACAACCCCAGUAUUACCAAACUUCGCCCAAACCUACAACUCCCAGACCCACAACCAGUACGACAACACAAGAGCCGGAAAAACCAUCAACAACGACCAAAGACCCCAAAGUUUUGAACGCGCAACUUCCUGAUGAAGUCCCGGAUGACCUCCGGCAACAACUCCUCUCGUCUGGAAUUUUGAACAAUGCCGAUAUUUCCGUUCUGGAUUACGAUAAAGUUGGGGAUAUCCCACUCUCGGCGCUUCCUCCAGACCAGUUGGCCAACUUUUAUAGUGCCGGAGGUGCCCAACAGAUCGCUGCUGGAAGUGAGCCGGUGCCGGCAGUAGCCGACAGACAAUUCGAAGCGGAAGCUUCAGAAAUCCACGAAGUGACUGCCAAGCCAGAGGUGCAGAUGAAAGUUGUGAGAUACGACCCGGAAAGUGAUCGGGGUCAGCAAGUACAAGAAGCGUACGUUAAGAACGAUGCGACACAGGUGGAACCCGUGGUUCUCAACGACGAAAAAUACAACAGAUACUUGCCGCUGAAAGUCAGCGGGGCCCAGUUCCCGAUCCCGGACGUUCCCGAACUGAAGGGCAAAAAAAUUUCAAGUGUCGUGGUCCUAGCUCCUGUUAAGUACGACUUUGCGUCCUCGCGCCAAACGCGCGACGCCAAAGAAGUCGAGUUGGUCGAAGGCCAGUUCCUGAAGGAACUGCUAGAAGACCCUUCGACCGAGAAUUUCAAAAGGUUUCUAGAGAAUGAGAAUCGGACGCGAAGCGAUCGCCAAGCCGUGAUUCUACUAGUGACAGGACCGAAUGAAGCAAAAGAACGCGAGAUUUUUAUGUACGACCUGGCGACCCAGACUGUGAGCAAACUGAACGGGGAGCUGUCCAGUGCUUUUGUGAACGCAGCUGAGGCCAAUUCGCUCAAGGACACCAAAGCCUCGGCGUCUGAAAUCGUCGAGACCAGGGUGCCUGUCAUAGACCCCCAGAGCGACCUGGAGACCGAAGCGUCCGAAAACCUGGAGAGCUUCGUGGAUGUGUCUGGGAUUCCAGUCGAUGACGAUUUGACCGCAAGCGAGACACGGCAUAGCAAGACUGGCGUUUAAGGGCAAGAGUGAGGUGGAAGGUCGAUGAAGGGGUUCGCCGCAGGCGAACGCAACCCCACGUGCAUAUUCGCAAAAAUUUAUUUAUUGAGACAUCGUUAUUUUCCAACUCGACUCUGUUCUUUGACUUCCGUUUUUGACGAUAUUGCCGGGGCUGCGUCAGCAGUGGCCAACUUUUUCAUCCAGUGGUUAGAUUUAGGACGGGUCUGGAAUAUUUCCGGCCCUUUUUGUACAGUGUAUGAUAAGUGUAUUACUUUUAUAAUAAAGAAUUUGUAAGAAUUGA